AAUAUAAAAUGGCGGAACCUAAACCAGAAGGCACCAACCCGAUUCGAUGGCCAGAAUAUUCAGACUGUCAGUUUGAAGAUUGUGCGGAUUGUGGUCUGGUUAUAUUAGGUUCUAUGUUUACGUGCAAUUUAUGUGAAAAUCAUCAUAUCUGUGCAUCAUGCUAUAAUGAUACAGUCGUUGAAGAAAGUAUUCAUUCGAAAAAGUCACAAGAUCUUCCACCUGAACACCCUCACAUGCACCAUUCCUAUCGCCUAGACAUGUCUCCGUUUGGAAAACUUGCAUUUCCGGUGCAUGACAAUCCAUGCGCAAGUUGUGGUUCGAAAGUUUUUCCGGGACUACGCUAUGUAUGCCCAGAAAUCUGCCCGGAUUAUGGCAUUUGUGCGACAUGUUUUAUAAAGAAGAAGGGAACGGAAGAAAUUGAGCUGUUCGAGGCAGUGCAAGCAAAUCCAAAAUUAGAGAAAAAACAUCAGAUUGGAGCCGCAAUUGUGACACAAAAGUAUUAUGGAAUUGGUCUUGCUAGACUAGAUUGGUUUCAAAUUGAUAAAGGGGAUGAGGAGCAAAUGAAGAACCUUGGCAGAAAAAUCGGCUUUGCUGUAUAUCAAUACCCUACAAAUCUUCCACAAGAGGAACGCAACAGUCUCAUGCCUGACCAGCUUCAAGAAUUGAUGAAAACGAUGGAGCUUGAAGCAAAAGAAGCAAAUAAUAACAGCAAGAGCAAAAAGAAAAUUGAUUUGAAAUUUGUACCCGAGUUUGGAUAUACGGAAGAGCAAGAAGAUCAUAUAAUCAAGCUACGAGAUGAGUUGUUCGAUAUCAAUAGACGGCAGAAAAAACAAAAAGAGGGAGAAUCCAACAUUGUGGAAACCAAAUUUGUGUUUGUUAGCUUCUUCGCUGACGGAUCGCAUUCCAACAUACUUCCACUGAUUUGCCUCCGAAUCAGCGACACCAAGAUAAUGUACGUUGAAUCUACUGGAAGGGCUUACGAUGAUUGGGAAGAUUUUCUGAACAAAAACAAACUGCCAGAAUGUAACAUUUUGUAUCCCGAUGGUGGACUUUAUGAGUUGGAACCCGGAGGUAUACUUAACUUGCGCUAUGACAUUUCUAGGAGAAGUAAGCUUCCAAGUAAAAUUGCAAAGAUUAGCGACCGGAGUGCAAUGGGUAUUGGAGUUGCUGCCACAAUUGGCUCAGUAAUCGGCCUAUUCACUCCUCUUGCUCCAGUCGCUGCAACAACUCUUCUCUACACUGCAAUUGGAACUGGAGUUUACUCAAUGGCUAGAUCCGGCUAUCACAUUGUUGAUCGUGUUAUUCAUAACGAGAAUGUGAACCCCCUUCGGAGUCGAGAGAACUUUGUAGAUUGGCUCGCGGUGGCAGCGUCGCUUGCCUCCUUUGGUGCAAUUGGUGGAUCUGCGUACCUCACAGUAAUGACUACACAAGGACUUGAAGUCAGUCAAGCCAUUGAAUAUACAGUAAAUGCAGCAAUUUUCGCAAAUUUCGCUGUAUCUGGAAUUGCCUUGACUGCAUCUGGAUACAACAUUUUUGAGAAGGUAGCAAAUGGAGAGCGUCCAACCCCGUUGGAACUCUUCCAAUUCUCCACCAGUUUACUAUUCUUCACAAACGCAGCAGUUAACUUGCAAACUGCUGAAAAGCUAAUUCAACAAACAACUCAAGAAAAAAUCAACGAUUAUCGAGAUACCCUGAAGACUGCUGAAGAUAAACAACAAUUUGAUCAAAAAAUCAAUGAAAACAUGAAAAAUACUGAAGGUCAACAAGGAAAUUCAAAGAUGAAGGCAAAUUUGGAGACCAUUAAAGACAUUCACAAGGCUAUGCUUGCUGAUAAACAUGUUGAAGCUCACAUUCAUGAACACGACGUUCCAAAAAAAUCAAAACCAAUGCCAUCUUCAAGUGUUCCAAAAAUGCAAGCAAAGCAGCUGACAGUUUCCGAUAAGAAGAUUGUAGAGGAACACUUGCAAGCACUGGAUGCCCGAGGUCAAUCCAAGUUGCCGGCUAGCAAACAAAAAAUUACAACGUACUUGAAUGUUGGAUGGGAUGAUAUUGCCGCGAAGGUUAAAGCGAUUUUGUCCGGAGGCGCCGGUGGGGCUCUCACCGAAAGGCUCAUCGAUGGCAAAACCAAAAAAGUGAUCACGAUGGAUAAUGGUGAUGAAGGAUUUAUGGGUGCAAAGGUGGAGUCGAUACCAAAUGGAGUAGCAAUACGAAAAGGUGUCAUUGAUAGAAUUGAAAUCACAUUAAACGAUGCAGGUGAACCUAUUCCCCAUUUUGUGGAAGGAAGUAUCCGAACUGGAACAGAACAAGGAGUUGUGAGAAUUCGUCUCGAAAAUCGCGGAAUCUUGGGAAAUAUACGUGCAAAACCAAAAGUACGAAUGUACAAAGACAAUUCGUCAACGGGAGUCGAAAUUGAUGAUCAUGAACUAUCGGAAAAUUAUUUUAUGUGUUACGAUUGGUCAUAAUAUGUGAUUUUGGUGCCUGUAGCUCUUUUAAAAAUGCGUGUCCUACUAGCUAAAUCAAUUCGAAUAACUGUGGUAAUUUUUUUCAGUUAAAAAAAUCUGCUGUAAUAAACUUGUUCACAAA